AUGUCCCAUAAUCCUUCAUUCCUGAGGUCUCCACACUCGCCCAUGGCCAAUCAGGCACAGUUGCACGUGCACCAUGGCCUGUCUGUGUCCAGAAAGCCAUCAAUUGUCGAGAUGUUGUCGUCGCCGCCACCUUUACCCGCCGACCACCAUCAUAACCCCAGCGAUGACUUUUCCUUGUCUAGAAACACCUCAGUGUCUUCGAAGUCCUCCAGUUUGUUCCAACAAUCUAUGAUGGCGUCGGACUGGAACGAUAUUUUGUUGGCAGACUUGACUGAGUCCAACAAACUCAUCGCGAUCAACUCGUCGUACUCAGUUCAGAAGGCAUUCGAGACCUUGAUUUCCCAUGACUUGACCUCGUUACCCGUGGCAUUGUCCAAGACAAACUACGACUUGUCCAAUUGCUUGUCUUUUGACUAUUCUGACUUGAACACAUACCUUUUGUUGAUCAUGAACAAAAUCAACUUCAACGCCUUGUCGAUCAACGAAAUUGCCGAUGACAAUGGCGCAGAAUUGUCAAUGCAACAGAAGCACGACAAGCUUGUAUCCCUCAUCAACAAGGCUAAGAAAGGUGAGGAGGUACCAGUCGAUUUCAUUGUCAAGUUGCAUCCAAAGAAUCCAUUUUUAAAAUUCAAAGAGUCCGAGACUUUGCUCAAGGCCGUAGAGGCAUUUGGAAAUGGUGCACACAGAGUGGCAAUUAUUGACAAUCAGAACAAAAUCACUGGUAUACUCUCCCAAAGAAGAGCCAUCAAGUUCUUCUGGGAAAACGCAAGACGCUUUCCAUCCCUCGAGUUUCUCUGGAACACUUCUUUGCAGGACUUGAAGAUCGGCUCGACCAACCCAAUCACAAUUCAGGGUGAUCAACCAUUGAUUGAAGCUUUGCAGAAGAUGUUCAAUGAGAAUGUCUCAUCACUAGCAGUCAUCGACAAAAACAAGCAAUUGGUGGGAAACAUCUCCAUCGUCGAUGUCAAGAAUGUCUCGUCUACAAAGAACUCGCACUUGUUGUUUAAGCCGGUUACUACUUUUAUCUCCUACAACUUAUCGCAGAAGGGCAUUGAGAAGGGCCAGGACCAAUUCCCCAUCUUCCACGUCAACCAGCAAACAUCAUUGGGCAGGGUGAUUGCUAAAUUAGUUGCUACUCAAUCGCAUAGAUUAUGGAUUGUGGAAUCAAGAGGUUCUUCGCAUUUUUCGUCGACAUCUUCUACUUCUGGUGCAGUAAACACAUCAACUAUUGAAACUGCGCUUUCUUCAGCUGAAGCCGCAGCCUCUGCAGCUGCAGCAACUACAGUGUCCCAGGAUAGUGGCCGGCCCGGCAAACUCAUAGGAGUUGUGACCUUGACCGACAUUCUUGGGCUCUUCGCUGCUCACAAGUCUGGAAUCAAGAUCGAUCCUCAAACUGCAAGAAACAAUAGAAGAAGAUCGUCUACGCUGACCACCCGGUCAUCGUUGGAUGCAGCCUCUGCACAUGCAGUAGUCGGCGGUCCCUCCAGCUCGCCAUCUACGCCCAUGGCACUGAUUAACCAAGAGAUGUUCCGCAAGUCCUAUCAGACAGGCAAAUCCGACAAUGUAUUUACCAGCGAAUAG